GAGUUUGUUGCCAGUCCAGUGUUUCGUUGCGUUGCGUGGGCGGGUGCCGCGUCGACCACCCUCUUCCGCCGCCAAUCUUGCCAGGCGGCAGCAGCAUUAAGAGCCCACCUCCGCCGCAUCACACGACGCACACCUCGACACGACCUCCUCGUCACUACUGGCAUGCCAAUCUCCCGCGCGGGCGUGCGCUUCCGUAACAUAGAAACAGGGAUGCCGUCUGCAUGACGGAGCCUGCUAUACUAACCUCCGCCGCCCGCUGCUACGAUUGUUCAUCCUUCUCCCCACUGUCCUGCCUGCCCACCAUGCGUUCUGCCCUGAGGACCGCGCUGGCGGCGGAUGCCCAGUGGAGGACGGGACGUGCGAGGAGCAACUCCCUCUCCACCGUGCCGCCCGCCCCAGACUCCGCCGACUAUCUGCCUGAGCUCGCGGCCAUUGCUGCCACCAUCCUCUACCGAUCACCCCUCCCAUCCAAAGACGGCAGGCCCGUGUACAUCCUCAACGCCGCUGCCUUUCCCGAUGCAUUCGAAGUCGACUACGAUAGCUUGCUUUCCUAUGUCCUCGCUCGACUGCCCGGCGAAGACGAGUUGAUCGCAGGCACAGAGUACGAGAUUGUCUUCUUUGCAGGAGGCCCUCCCGACAAUGCAACGGCAGAGAAGAAGCAGGGUCCCGCUACCGGAUGGUAUCUGCAAGCAUACCACGUGCUGGGGAGGGCAUUGCGGAAGAAGCUGGCCAUGCUGUACAUUGUGCACCCUCGCACAUGGGUCAGAGUGCUGCUCAACAUAUUCGGGACCAUUGUGUCGCCAAAAUUUCGACGGAAGAUAGUACACGUCAAUUGUUUGACCUCACUGGCCUUGCAUAUUCCCAUCGAACAUCUGCUCACCCCACCAUCCGCAUAUCUGCAGGAUCGAAAGUACUCACCCAAUAUCUACUCACCCUUUGUCACCGGCAGACGUGCAUUCAGCGUGAAGCAACCAUUCCCGAGGAACAUUGACUCCGGCAGGACGCGCUUGCCUCGCGCGCUGAGGGAAACCACGGCCUUCCUGGUGGAACCUUCCAAUCUCAAGACCGAGGGCAUCUUCCGCAUACCGCCUCACUCGGUCCUCGUUGGUGUCCUCAGAGAGGCUUACGACCGCGGACAGAAAUGGAUAGUGUGGAAGGAUCAAGGUGCAACCUUCGUGCAGCCGGGUCUUGCAAAAUCGCUGGUCGAUGAGAUUCGCUUGGAGGAUGCAUACGGCGUGCACUCAGCCGCCUCGCUCAUCAAGACAUGGUAUCGCGAGCUGCGCGAGCCAGUAUUCCCAGAGUCAUGCUACGCGACGCUCCGAGAGCGUUACAGCGAUCCCGACACGGAGCUGACGCCCGAGGACAUGGUCGAUAUCAUCCUUCCCACUUCGUCAAUGUCUCCUCUGCCUCCCACAUCGAGAGAGAUCCUGACCAGACACCUGCUCCCUCUGCUAUCUCUGGUCGCAUCGCACGAGCCACACAACAAGAUGGGUGCAGAGAACUUGGCUAUCUGUUUCGCCAUGUGCCUCGUUUGUGGCUCAGACCAGAUGGCCGAUGCAAAAAUUUCGAGUAUUGUCAAGCGGAUACUAGUCGCUGCCAUAGAUAUGUGGCCUCAGCUCCGGGCGGGAAUCGACAUCGAAGAGCGUGCGUUCUAUGCUGACCUCAGCCCGCCUAUCGACCCAAAUGAGUACGAGGACCCGCUCGAAGCCCUGCGACGUCCAUCUGACGGGUCUGAUGCCUCAAGUGAGAAAAGUCAGAUAGGACACAGGAUCUCAAUGAACGAGUCAGACUCUUCUGACUCGUCGUCAGAGAAGCCUCCAGCGUUGCCCCCUAGGCGCCGUUCUAGAGCCACGUCGCUCAAAGCUGCGCUGGCGCCGCACUUGCCGAACGUCGAAUUGCCCAAACUGCCACGUCGGAACAAGGCGGCACAGCGCGAGCCAUCACCUUCAGCGCAGCCUGGCUACGAGCCUGCAUCCGACGCCGCAUAUGUAGGUGCGCCACCGAGAUACUCCAGCCUCUUCGACUACGAAGGCAGAAACUUGCCGCGAUCGGAUUCACCUGGCAGCUAUGCGCCAAUACAUGCAGGCGGUGUCAGCCCUCCGAAGAGCAAUGACGCCAGCAUGGAUCUUUUAGAUGAUUCACGAGCACAGAAACCCAUACAUCGACGCCCGGUCGGAGAGUCAUCUCGGAGUCGACCAGUCUCAACAGAGAUCAUUGGGUCAAUUCCUGGGAUCACUGGCGAUGUACCCAAGCGAAAGCCUGUUAGUAGGCAGACCUCGGUCAAGGGUGAGAACAGACCAGCCGAGACGGCAUUGCACAACGAUCUCCAGACCGCGAGCACCAGCACUGCCCCAGAAAACACUUCCCAGAACGAGAGCACGACCGCUUCCCAGCAGAAUGGUCCAGUCAUUUCGAGCACGAGCAGUUCCUCACCCUCCAUGCCUUUCGUGCCCCCUGGAACACACGCCCUCCUGGCAGAGAUGGCCGCACGCCAAGCCGCUAAUAAUGUGACACAGAACAACGUUAUCGACAUUCAAGCUGCUUCGGCUAGCACGAAUUCCGCUACAAAUGCGCCUCGCUCAGCACCAGGAGACCUUGCUGUGAAGCCGCCUCAUCUUCCUACUUCACCCUCAAGCAGCGCGAACGCUGCGGUGUUCCGCAAACCGUCGUGGCAAGCAUCGGCGGCCAAUAAGCAGCGUCCUGAUAUCCAGUCUCUGGCGAAGCCCAUCCUGCCGACCAGGACUUCCAACACCGCAGUGCCCUUGAUCUCCACCGCGAACGUCGAUGGAGCCAGUGGAGGCGCCGUACAGCACGUACCCAAGCCACGUGCUCCUUCUGCCGGCUUGCUCAAUAGGAUGAACAGUUGGGAAAGCAGAGGAAGCACAGACUCGCAGGCUACUAGCAACAGCGCCAAACUGGAGCCUCGCAGACUGGAUCUGAAGAAGAGUAGUGUUGACGAUUUGCGGAGGCUGUAUGAGGAGCGGGCAACGACUGCCACGACGCUGGUGCAGCUCGGGAGGCGAGCUUCGAGUAAGCACUGAAGGGAGAGAAGGAGACAUGGUACAGGAGGAAUGGCAUAGUAGCGCAAGAUGGAGAAAGAGGCGUUCUGGGCUGGGCUAGGAUUGGCAUUGAAUGCAUGAUCCAUCGAUGCGUGUACGGAAACAGUGUUUGAAAAGGUUGUGGUGGCUGAUCGUAUUGCAUUAUAUCGAGAUACCCGUAUCGCUAUGUCGAAGCCGCCCCGGCCGACGACCUACUAAUAUUGACCUGGCAAUCUUGCAUGCAUAUGUCGCCUGUGUACUUCCUUCUGCACCAGUCCUGUUGUAUUCUGUGAGAUGAUCUGGCUGUAGGCGACUCGAACGGAGUUGCCGGAUGCGGCCACUCCUGACUAGAUGUAUCAGUUCUGAAGAGAAGUGUUCAAUUGCGGCGAACAGCAUCUCUUUUCGUUCGACGUAAGGCCCUUCCGGAGGUGACGGUAACAUCAAAAUUCUCUGCUGGAGCUUGUCGAAUCAAUCAGAAGUGGCACCAGUUCUCGCCACUCGCAGCUGUGCUUCCUCUCAUUAAGAACAAGUCCUUGGCGAAUUGGUUAUAAUUUCACAGGUGUAGUCGCAAAUGACGACCAUGGUGUACCACAGAACCUUGUGAUGAUCCUCUUGUUGUCAGAUUCAGACUCGAAUAGACCCUGUCCUUCGAAGACCAUCGCGUCCAUGGGGUCAAGAUGCAGAUGUAUUGGAAACC